UGAAAGAAUUAAAUCAUAAUAUCGAAUCUCUUAAAAUUGCAACACAAGUACAAGAAGAAGUUGCAAAGGCAUCCCCUAAAGCAACGAAUAUUCCUGGGAAUAAUGUUAUUGUUACAACUCUUGGUACCGGAUCAACUCUACCUUCCAAAUACAGAAAUGUGAGCUCAACACUUCUUACUAUACCAAACGAUGGUUGUAUUCUGCUCGAUGUUGGAGAGGGUACACUCGGAUCGUUAUUCAGGCAUUUGGGCCCAUUUGGUAAAACUCGUGAAGGACAAAUUAAAUCCAUAAAUCUCAAACGCAUCGAGGCUAUAGAAGUUAUUCAUUGUCCAUUUGCUUAUGGAAUAAGCAUUGAACAUUUAGAUGGAAAAAAUGCAACACUUUUGCUUCAUGAGGCAACAUUUGAGAAUGACUUGCUUGAGGAAGCGUUGAAUAAAAAACAUAGUACAACUGAAGAAGCUGUAAAAAUUGGAGAGCGGUAUUUGGAUUUUCUUUUCUUAAUAUUUAAGCAUGAUUCAUUACUAAACUUUUGCCAACUUGCAUCAUUAUCAUUUUUUGGAAUUAGUUUUGAUUUUAUGCAAGUGAGUAUUGGUGAAUUAUAUAAAUUGCCGAAAUAUGUUAAAGCCCUUAAAUUAUUGUACUGUGAAGAUAGUGAAGAGGCCAAAGAUUCUAAGGAUGAUGAUGAUUGGAUGCAAGAAUAA